CUGCCGCGCCGUAGGCUGGUUUCUUCAGCGCAGGCUGUGCUGGCCACCGGGUCAGGGAUCGUCAUCGUCAGCUACUGCAAAAACGUGGUCUCCGACAGGCACUGGCUUGCCCGAGAAUAUGUCUGGUUUUUGGUUCCAUAUAUGGUCUAUGACACCUACGCCAUGUACCUCUGUGAAUGGUACCGAACCAGAGAACAGAACCGCAGACACUCCCUCACCAUUUUUCGAAACUUCCUAAGUAAAAACCGUCUCAUGAUCACGCACCACGUGGCCAUUCUGUUGGUCCUUGUGCCAACUGCACAGAGGCUUAGGGGAGACCUGGGGGACUUCUUUGUUGGCUGCAUCUUCACGGCAGAACUGAGCACUCCAUUUGUGUCGCUGGGCAAAAUUCUGAUUCAGCUAAAGCAGCAGCACACCCUCCUGUACAAGGUAAACGGGAUCCUCACACUGACUACCUUCGUUUCCUGCCGGAUCCUUCUGUUCCCCUUCAUGUACUGGUCCUAUGCCCAGCAGCAGAGAAUAAGCAUAUUCCAGGUGCCAUUCAGGAUCCCUUUCUUCUGCAACGUGGCCAAUGCCUUCCUCAUCGCUCCCCAGCUCUACUGGUUCUCUCUGCUGUGCAAGAAGGCAGCUGGGCUCUUUGACACUCCCCUGGCCGAAAAGGAUGGAUAAGAGGUCCCAGGAGUCAGGCAGUGAGGGUGCCUCCUCACACUAUGUGCCUCUUCCGCUCAGUGUUCCAUGGACCACACUGCACCCUGGGUGGCCUUGGCCUUUUGGGUAUUGAUAAGCAGAUAAGGGUUUGAGUUUUCCUAAAGAAUAUUCAUAUUACCUCCCUCUUCUAACCUGCCCCUUUUGCAAAAGCACUUUUAGUGACAACUAUUGGAUCCUGUCCGGCCUCCGUGGGCGGGCAGCAAGGUGGAUUUAGUGCAAGCCCAAGGAUCCUUCCUUGGGUCUUCUCUCAAGGGCCCUGGGAGGUAGAAGCAUGGGUGUGGAGACAGGUGGACCAAGAUGAUAAGUGUCUGGGCACCCAACUGGCCCUGACAUUGGCGGCUACCCACCUUUCCAGACACUCAGGGCAAUAUCCACACAUACUAGGCCAGCAGAAGCAAGUGAUGACUUAUUUCCUGAAAUAAUCUAUGUUGGCCUGGGAAAAUCGUUGUGGGUAGGUAGCUUUUUAUUGUUUACUAGAUAAUCCAUUGCCUCAUCCUUUCAUUCAUGUGCCAACAUUGAAUUCUCGUCUACUAACUUCCAAUCAGAUGUCUCAGUGGGGGUCAGGAGGCAGCAGUGGGAACUUGAAGCACUUGAGGAGGUAGAGAGGCUAAUUAACAGGUCAGCAUCUUUGCAGGCUGACUGUAAGAAGUGUCAAACUUGUGAGUUUGUUGUAAACAGUCACAAAUACUGUUCCCUUUUUAGCAUGUCCUUCCAAGCCCAGCCUUCCCCAUAUCCACACACACAGGAUGCUCUUGUUAAAAACUAUAGGGGUAAAGUGAAAAGAUGGCUACCAAGCUAUUUACUGGGUACCCCACUGUUUGACACUGUCCUUUUCACGUGAAGUGGAAAUGGACUUCUGUAUUCUAAACCAUGAAAAGUCGCAUCUAGUAGGCUGCCUUCUAAGCCAGAGCUUUUGGUCCAAAGCCUGUUCCGAUGUGCGUGUACCACCAUUUAGCCACAGAAGGCUGGAGAGCAAGAGUACAAGGCUGGAGAGCAAGAGUACAAGGCAGCCCUGGCCAGGUGAUAUCCUGGGGAUGGACUCCUUCGCUACCACUUGCAGGUGGGAUUCCCUGGUGCCGACACUAAUCAUUCCUUAUCAACUAGGAUGGGUUUUAGAAACUGCGCUACCACGAAAUUUUUUUUUUUAGGUGGUAGUGAGAAGCUAGAUUUUUAAAUGCCUUUUGAUUCAUUGUUGUCCAUUAACUUAAAGUACUGAAGAUGUGUCUCAAAUUUUGACUAUUUCAGUCUUUAAUGGGUGCCAUUUUAAAAAUGCAAAAUGAUGUAAUUUUUUACUGUUUUGUUCACUGUCAGUGUAUCUUGUAUAAAUCACCCCUGUGGUGAUUAAAUUGCACUAAUAUUUCCCAACUUAUUCUCAUUUGUGAAAUACAUCAAUACGAACUUCCUGUAAGACCCAUCCCAUCAUCUGA